AUGGCCCUCCUCUUCCUCUCCCUCCUCCUCCUCUCCUCCUCCCCCGCCGCCUUCUCCCGCCUCUCCUCCGGGGGCCUUGGCCUCACCACUUCCCUCAAGGCCGCCGGCACCAACCCGGCCGUCUCCAAGAUCUGCAAAAACACCGACCACCCACAGCUCUGCCUCUCCUCCAUCGCCCCAUUCCUCAGCUCUGGUCACUCGGUUGACGUCGAGUCCGUCCUCCGUUUCGCCGUCGAGGCCGGUAGCAAGUACGCUAAGGAAGCCCUCUCUGCUGCCAACGGGUUUGCCGCCAAGACCGCCACACCAGAGGUUCGGUCCACGCUCAAGGACUGCAAGGAGAGCUACGACACAGCAGUGGAGAAUUUCCAGAAGACUCUCGACGCCUUCGCCACAAAGGACAUCGGCACCAUGCAGAGCGUGCUGAGUGCCGUGAUCACUUUCGUCGGGGACUGUGAGGACGAGUUCACGCAGAUGGGCACGCGAUCCCCACUAUCGAAGUAUGCCGAGACGCUGACGGAGAUGACUAGCAACUGUUUGGCCAUUGUUUCACAGAUGAAGUGA